AUGGUUGUCCUGCUCCUGCUUCUGCAGGCAGCCUGUGUGUUCUCGUUGGGGGUUGGGCUGUGGGUCAUCUGCAGCCAUUUCCUCACUGCGGACAUCCCUGCGGCCAUCAGCCACCCAGUGAAACUGCGGGUCUUGCAUUGCCUUUUCCAGCUGUUGGUGACGUGGGGGAUGAUUUUUGAGAAACUGAGAAUCUGCUCUAUGCCCCAAUUUGUCCGUUUCAUUCAUGAUCUGGUGCCACUAAAGGAGGAUCCGGAUGUCGUGGUCACAGAUCUCCUCUACGGGACAAUCCCUGUGAAACUGUACCAGCCCAAGGUGUCCUCCAACACCCUCAGGGUUGGCAUCGUGUUCUACCAUGGUGGCGGGGCAGUCGUAGGAAGCCUGAGAACCCACCAUACCAUAUGCAGUCAUUUGUCCAAGAAGAGUGAUUCGGUGGUUCUAGCAGUUGGAUACCGCAAGUUGCCCCAGCAUAAGUUCCCGGUGGCGCUAAGAGACUGCAUUGCAGCCACGACCCACUUCCUGAAGUCCCUGAACAUGUAUGGGGUGGAUCCAGAUCGGGUGGUGGUCUGUGGUGACAGCGUGGGAGGGGGAAUGGCAACGGCAAUUUGUCAAAGAUUUUUGGGCUCUCCAGAUCUCCCCAAAAUCCGUGCCCAGAUCCUGAUCUAUGCCAGUCUCCAAGUUCUGGAUUUCCAGCUCCCCUCCUAUCAGCAGAACAAGAAUGUCCCAAUGGCCAGUCGAGACUUCGCCUUCUACUGUUUUUGUACUUUACUGGACAUCAAGCCCUCCUGGAAAAGCACCAUCAUGAAAGGCGCCCAUUUGCCUGCUGAAUUCUGGGAAAAGUAUAGGAAGUGGUUGGGUGCAGAAAACAUCCCGGAGAGGUUUAAGAAGAGAGCCUACCAGCCGAUGCCCUCUGAGCCCCUGAAUGAGUCUGCCUAUCUGGAGACAAGCCUGGCUCUGGAUUUGGUGAGCUCACCCCUGAUUGCAGAAGAUGAAGUCGUGGCUCAGCUCCCUGAAGCUUUCAUCGUGAGCUGUGAGUAUGACAUUCUCCGGGAUGAUUCGCUGUUGUACAAGAAGCGUUUGGAGGACUUGGGAGUCCCAGUGACUUGGCACCACAUGGAGGAUGGUUUCCAUGGAGUGCUUAGCACCUUAGAUAUGGGCUAUUUGCACUUUCCCUGCUCCACGAGGAUUCUGGAUGCCAUGGUUCAGUUUCUAAAGGGGUUGUGA